AUGUCGAACAUUUAUAACCAUAGGCAGAUAAUCCCUACAGCACAGGGAGGGUCAAAUCGACUAAACGAGCUUUUUGAAGCUCUGAAAAGUGAAUACGAAAAUCUUCAGCAAGAAGCUGUCUCUUAUAAACUGCAGAGAGAUGACUUUGAGCACAAAGUUCAACAACAAAUGGAAGAAGUGAAUGUGAUCCGACAAGGAUUGUAUGAGCUACAGGCCACCCAUCAACAAAUAAAACAAAAAUAUGAUAGUGAAAUAAUGCGACUUAAUCGUGAUUUAGAACAACAACGUUUGCAUCCUCACCAAUCCACAAGUGGAGCUCAUCCACAAGCACCAUCUCAUCCUCCACCACAACCUCCAAAUAUCGGUCAAGGUCAGUCAAAUUUAUUCGGCGGAAUUAUGAGUGGAGCUGGUCAAACAGGUCUCGUCGCGCCGCCACAAAUGUCUCUGGAUCCUUCUCAACAGCAGCAACCACCGCCCACAUCUCAUCCUGGCUAUCCUGGUCCAAGUGGUCCACCACCAAAUGUUCCACAAGUUGGAAGCAGUUCCGCUCAACCUCCAUAUUUAAAUAACGGAGUUCCACCAAAUUCAUUAUCGCAAGCUCAGCACACCAGUAAACGCCCAAGAAUUGAUGAAUCCAAUGGUCCUCAACCAUUGCUCAAUAUUAAUUCACAGCCAUCUUCGCAAAAUCAAAAUCCAUUAUAUCCAAGCAAUGGUCUACCUCAACCUGCACCGAAUCAACCAGGACAACAAGGCGGUAGUAGUGGAAGUGGAUACAUCCCGAGUGUAGGACCCAGCAGCAAACCUGGAUCUAAAAUGUCAAAGGUUUCUCAAAAUCUUGGUCCAGAAGGUCCUCAACCAUCAAGCGCCCCACAAAAUGGAGGUCCACCUUCAGUGAACAAACGAAAAGCUAAUCCAAAUUCUAAUUCUUCGAGUGUACAAGGAUCUCGUCCAACACAGAUAAAACAGAGUUCAGUAAGUGCAACCAGCGGCUUGGGUGAUAUGGAUCCAGAGUCAAUUUCACCUGCUUUCAAAAAAGAAGGACAGGAUUGGUUUGCAAUCUUCAAUCCCAAAGUACAUCGACUUCUCGAUGUUGAUUUAGUACACACUCUGGAUCAUAACAGUGUCGUUUGCUGUGUAAAAUUCAGUGCUGACGGACGAUUCCUGGCAACUGGUUGUAAUCGUAGCGCCCAAAUUUAUGAUGUACAGACGGGCGCAAAAAUGAGCGUUCUUGCGGAUGAUAAUGUUGAUAAAACUGGAGAUCUAUACAUUCGAAGUGUUUGUUUUAGUCCUGAUGGCAAAUAUUUAGCAACGGGAGCAGAAGAUAAACAAAUAAGAAUCUGGGACAUAGCCACACAAAAGAUCCGAAAUAUGUUCCAAGGACACGAGCAAGAUAUUUAUUCUUUGGACUUCUCAAGAGACGGUCGAUUGAUCGUUUCAGGUUCAGGCGACAAGACUGCUCGAGUUUGGGAUAUGUUAUCGGGCGAAGAAUUAUUUAAGUUAACGAUUGAAGAAGCCAGUCAAAAGGACGCUGGUGUCACAAGUGUGGCAAUUAGUCCAGAUGGUCAAUACGUCGCUGCUGGCUCACUCGACAAAAUUGUACGUGUAUGGGACGCACGAUCCGGUUAUCAAUUAGAACGCUUGGAAGGACACAAGGACAGUGUUUACUCGGUCGCUUUCUCGCCUGAUGGCAAAACACUCGUUUCCGGUAGCUUAGAUAAAACUUUACGAUUGUGGGAUAUGAGUCAUCCGGGACGAAAUGGGGGAGCUUCGAAUUCAAAGAGCCACAAAUUGACAUUUAAUGGACACAAAGACUUUGUGUUGUCAGUGGCCGUUUCUCCAGAUGGUCGCUGGGUAGUAUCAGGAUCAAAAGAUCGCGGUGUACAAUUCUGGGAUCCUAAUACUGCACAAACACAGUUCAUGUUACAGGGUCACAAAAACUCAGUCAUCUCCGUGGCGUUAAGUCCGGUUGGUAAACUUUUUGCUACUGGGUCAGAAGAAAAUCCAGGUGAAUCGGUUGUACGUAUUAUAACACCCAAAAAUCUUGAAAGAAUACGAUUAACACCAGCAAAACAAAAAUUUGUAUUUCAAGGAACACGAACACGCAUACUAGAAUGGAUGCUCGAAAACGAAGAUAUAAUUGUAGAAUAUGAUCCAACAGACGGAAUGCUAACUCCGCCAAUUUCACCGCAAGCCAAUGAGUUCAAUAAAGAAAAUCAUCGUGGCUCAGAUGCAUCACACACAUCAGCAUCUAAUACGCCGUUAUUAUCUGAUGAUAUAGUAUUUUAUCGUCCAUUACAUUUCGCGAAAAAUCACUUCCCCUGGUUAGACGUGACACUUGAGAUACGACCGACUGAUCCACUUCAAGAUUCUAAAUAUGAUCCGGUGAAACGAUUGAUUUUACAAUCAGGUUUAUCACUCUACGAAAUUUCAAAGGCGCUCGAAAAGAAUUGGCGGAAUUUAAUGCCACAUUGUUGUCCAUUAUUUCAACGACCACCUCCAUCCCUUGAACUCUCUGGAGAUGCUGUCGACGAUUCAAACAAUCCACUGUUGGACUGGUUGGCACAUCAUAAAUCAUCCACUUUUCCAACGCCACCUCUAAUUAACAAGUGGCAACGAAGUAAGUCUAUCAUUCCGCCGGGUGUUUUAACGCCGUAUAAUAUCGAAGAAGUUAUGGCAGAACAAUGGUUUAAUGUGUCGAAAAAAUUCGAGGAGGUUUUUACAGAUGAGAAAAUGAAUAGAGAAUUUGGCGAAGGAAAGGGAGGUAAUAAAGAUUUGAAUUGGAAUUGGGGAUAUAAAUAUGAAUGUGAGCGGGGACGAGGAAUGAUAUUAUUACCAGGUGAAGCGAUCUGUGAAUCGGAUGCGUAUCUAAAGGGACAACUUCUUGUUGAGGAUAUUUUAUGGUGA